AACUUGUAGCGAUAUUAUUUCCACGAAGUUUCAAAUCAGUGACAAUUCUGGAGGAGAACUCUCAUCAUGUCCAACCAGUUGUUCUUUUUGAGUUUAGCUGACAUAUUCUCCGUCUAUCCAAAGAUUUUCCGUGAGUUAAUAGCCACGGAGGACGUGAAACGCAAAACUGAGGGUAAAUUGGCAAAGGAUAUAAUUUAUCUGCCAAGUGACGAAGAAUGGCUUGAAAGAGUCUAUCAUCGCCUUCUCGAAGUUCAGAAAAAAGUCAACGAAGCUCUAGAAAGUGGAAUGACACUCGAGCAAAUUACGAGAAGAAAAGAAAGACCGAUUUUCGACCCAAAUUUUGUUAUUGAAAAAUUUAGUCCAUCAUCGACGCCAAAUGGAAGAUUCGAUUUGCGAAAACGUUGUGCUCCUGAUCAACCUAUUGAAUUCAUUGAUGCCGAGGUACUUGGGAGCUGGCCAUUGGAGAAUAUAGCUAAGGCAGCGAAAUUGUUGAGAAAACCACCACUUCCGGUAGAAUUUGGUGAUGAACAUGAGAUGCGCAGGGUAUAUUCGUUGAUAUAUGAUGUCUUUAGAUAUAAGGUUGUGAUGAGUAACGCUUUGACUGAUGUAUCUUUUUAUGCUCUAUAUCCAGAGUUGAUGGGUGAUGAAAAUCGUAUUUGGUUGAUGCUUUUUGAAUUAUUCACAAGACACUUUCUCAAAAGAAAAUCCGAAGAAAUUGAUCUUCAAAAUAAAUUGUACAGAGAAGCUCAAGUUUAUGACAUAGCUAAUUGUCUAUGGAAACAACGUAUCCGAUUAGCAGCUUCGAUAUCACGAAUGCGCAUAAGAAGUGGAGCUUUGGAGCUGUCGCAAUUAUUGCCAACACAUUUACAAAAUGAAAAAGUAGCCAUUGCUGCUGCAAAUCCAAUAGUAUCAGGUUGGAUAAAUCCUUUCUUAUUAGAAAAUAAAAUCAUAGCAGAAACAUAUCUGAAAAAGCUUGGCCUUACAGAGGUGGUUCAAGGAGAUCAUUUGACUGAGCAACCUUUGCAGGAGAAUCAAUAUAAAUGGGAUAGAAUUUGUCCUUUGUUUCUUUCGAUACUUCCUCCUGAUAGGAGUGCCUUUGCACAGACUGAUUUUAUACGAAACCAUUACAUGAUCAUGCAGGACCGAACAUUCGCCCUUGCUCCAGCAAUAGUCUCCCAAUUGCUCGAACACUAUGAGCUGGAUGGUGAUGUUGUUCAAACACAUGUCUCCUCACCACGAUCAACAGCUUAUUUGGCUUCCCUGUUCAGAUCAAUCAAUCGGGUUGGGGAAUUCCUCGCUUAUGGAUGUGGUGCAAUGCUGGCAGAAUAUAAACUCUAUAUGACUACAUUGGGCAUACGAAAUAUUCGACUCUUUGCAGAGCCAUUUGCAUCGAUUUCUCUGGAAGUACAAAAAUUCGGAACAGUUGUGGGAAUUCUGGCAACUCCACCGAACUCCUUCAGUGCGGUUGCAGAUCCAAUUGAUUUGAUCUGCAGUCGCGGAGGUGAUCUUAAUAUGUUGCAAGUUAUGACGGAAUCCGAAAUUGGUGACCAUGGUAAAAGUCGCGUAGCACAGAUUCUCGAGGAACAGAGAGAGACUUUGAGGCUGGCGAUGUCUCGGCCUCAAGUACAAUUUGUCCUUUACCUAACGCAUUCUAUUGUCGAUUGUGAAAAUCAAGAUAUGGUUGAAAGGGCGGUAGAGCAUGUGAAUAAAAAUGCCUUUGAAAAGCAUCUCAUGCACUACAAGGAACUCAAGCGACUUGAAGCUCUAGCCGAAGCUGAACAAGUGAUUAUUCCAGCUUCAGGAAAAACACAAUCUCCCCGAAAAGGAACAGCUGGUGGUGCGUCUAGUGCAACUACAAAUAAGACGACAGAUGAUGCACAGCAAUCGAAGUUGCGUAUUGGCAGCCGUGAGAACUCCUUUCAAUCCGAGGAAACCAUAGAAGACUACUCGCAAAUAAUAAAAGUUCCCAAAACUGAUGAAUUUGAAAUAACAAAAAUUCCCGAUGUCUGUAUGAAUCAGGAUGAUUGUUUGGAACUUGUGAGCAUGGGUUGUUAUAUUGCGCUGGUUCAAAGGAAAGAAAUAACUCGCCUGGAUGCAAAAUAUUUAAUAAAAAUGGCUGAAGAAAGAGGUUUAUUUGGUAAGAAUGAUCGGGACAAAAGUGCCAAAUCAAAGUCAUCGUCGAAGAAGCCCGAGAAAGUUGAAGUGAAAAAACCGAUUACACCUAAAGUUGCAAGAAGCAGUAACAAGGACGAACAGGAUGUUUUGAUCCAGCGUCUAAAUCAACCAACACAUGCCAGUUUCAUAAGAUCAAAUGUAAGCAAAAUUUCAUCUGUCAACUCUAGAAGUCUGAUAUUUAAUUCAACACAACGUCAAUGCUAUCGACAUUCAAAGCUCCAUCACCAAAAUUCUUAUGAGUCGAGUUUGUUUUCUAACGAGGAUCCUCGAGGUAAACAAUGGUGGAAAAUAACUUUUGAAUAUAUCCGAAUGCUCCAGAAGCGAUAUAAGAAAAAGCAGAAAGGAUGUCUGGAAAAGAAGUGUGACGAUAUCACAAAACUUAUAAAAUAUGCUGCCUACCCACUCUAUUUGCCAUGCAGGGAUCGAAGGCCUUUUAUACCGAAAGAGCCUUAUCCUGUGACUAUGAAUUAUUUGGACUUCGAUGAAAGCAGUAGUUGCAGUGAUUUAAGGUGGACUAAUGAUCGGGGAUAUUGGACUACGUAAAGAUGAGGACACAUUGCUUCAAAGUGACUUGCAAGUUUAUAAGUUAUUUGUUUAAUAGAAAAAGUGAAGCCUAUUCAAAUUUCCACAUUUUAAACGUCAUACAAAAUAAAGUUUUGGCUUUAAAAAUGUUUCCAUACCAAGAUGAAGUUAAUAUUUCUCGUGAGAAAAGCUUGGUUAAGAAAUUAUCAGUGAAAAAAAAUUAAUAUUCUUCUUUGUAUUACAUUAUUUUAUUAAAUAUAUAAAUAAAUUUAACAACAGGUUUUUCAAAAAUUCUACAUUUUUUUUUUGGUUUCUCGAAGAAGAAAUAUAAUUAAUAAUAAUUAAAAAGAUUUAUUAUGCAAAAUAUUUCCAAUUAAUUUUAUGUUACAAUUUAAAUUCUUAUAAGAUUUAAAAAAUCUCAUUUAUUACUACACCAAUUUAUUAAAAAAAAAUAGAUACAAAUUAAAUAAUUUAUUUAAGAUUAAUUUAAUAAUUAUUUUGUUAAAGCUCUUCUCUGUGUUUCAAUUCGAUUUUGUUAUUAAAUUGUUAUUGUUUCUUAUACAUUAUUUUCUUCACUUCGAUACGAUGUGAGU